UCUACGCAAGGCUCUGUAGUGAGAGAGUAACAGCACGUGUAUUCCUCGCUGUCAUUUUCAACAACAAAAAAAACGGUGCAAUGAUGUUGCCAAGUGUUAUUGCGCCACCUGCUAUGUAUCCAAACUUUCUAAGGCCCUCGGCGGCUCUUUCCUUGCCUUCCACUUUACAUUCGGCGUUCACCACGCACUCGAGUUUCCUGGUGGAGGACCUGUUGCGGAUCAGCAGACCUGCCACCUUCAUGCACAGGAGCAUCCCGUCUCCAAGCGCAUCUCCUCCGGCUAUAGGAGCCACAACUCUGAACAACUCUUCCGCAGUCCACGUCGCCAUGUCUACAUCUUUGCCAAAAAGAUCAAGCUCUCCACAAACAUCAAUUCCAAACGAUCCAAAUUACUUGAAGUUUGGAGUGAAUGCGAUUCUCGCGUCAACAACACGUAACGCUUCACCACCACCUUCAGUGCAAGGGAUGAAUGUGAAAACAUUCCCGUUCCCAUGUUUUGACGCCUCAUUCCACCCAUUCAUCAGAGCAUCAUAUUUCCCAGCAUCGUCUUCAGCAGUGCCAAUUCCCGGGACUUUCGCAUGGCCCCUCACGACUCGAGGGAAACCGAGGAGAGGGAUGCUUCGACGGGCCGUCUUCUCUGACGUGCAGCGAAAAGCGCUGGAGAAGAUGUUUCAGAAACAGAAGUACAUCAGCAAACCAGACAGAAAGAAACUUGCGACCAAACUUGGCCUUAAAGACUCUCAGGUUAAAAUUUGGUUCCAAAACCGAAGAAUGAAAUGGCGCAAUUCCAAAGAAAGAGAGCUUCUGUCGUCAGGAGGUUGCAGGGAACAAACAUUACCGACGAAAAUGAACCCUAAUCCUGACCUGAGCGACGUUGGAAAAAAGUUUGAGACAGACGCGGCUCUGAGAGAAAGCCCGCGCGCGCCUUUUUAUCAGGCUCGCGGGGAUCACGAGCUCAACGUAGAUUUACAUUUCACUUCGCCUUCUAUCUCCAGCAAGCACUCAGACUUCUCAGAAUCAGAGGACGAGGAAAUAACCGUGUCAUAAUCACUAAGCAGACUGUGUAAUGUUUAUAUGUUUAUGCACAAAACUGGAGGAAAACUUUCCGAAAAGUGGCCUUGUUUCACACGGUAGCCGUGUGAAAUUUUUAGUUUAAGAGAGAGCGUCGUAACCGCUGCGUUUUUGGCAGCUUGUAUAGUGUUUUGUAUGGAGUUUUUAUACCAAGAUUAUUAUAAUCUUUCUUAAUGUUUUGGGAUACUUUGUCUAUAAUCUUAAAUACGUAGGUGGCACAUUUCUAACUUAAAAGUCUUAUAUUAUUUUGUAUACUGAUGUUGUUUUUUGUUUUUGCCUUUUUGUAAAAAUGUAUAUACAUUUGAAAAAAAUAAUUUUACAAAU